CAACAAACAGGAAUAACUCCUCUAAAUCAGAUCAAACUAGAGAGCAAAAUCUUCAAUUCUUCAACCCCAUUUUUCAACCGAAGAGAAGAGAAAUUAAAGAUUUCUAGGGUUUUUUCUCUGCAAUCACUAAAAAUGGCAGGAUCAGUAAAAUCAAUCAGCAGUCCAAUUCCAGUUACUUUGUUUCCAACUUUAGCUGCUCUUAUGCUUACAAUAGGUCUUAUUGUUACCGCUUCAUUCUUCAUAUAUGAAGCUACCUCAUCUAGGAAAACUCGCAGUGUAUCAAAGGAGCUGAUAACUGGGACAGUUGCAUCUGUUUUCCUGGGUUUUGGAUCAUUGUUCCUUCUACUAGCUUCUGGUGUUUAUGUUUGAUAACAACACAAGUGCAAGAGCAUUUUGAGCAGAAGAAAGUUCAAGAAACAUGUUAUAGUGUUGUUCUUUUGUGUUGAGUAAAUAUCCCUAUAGUUUGAAGAGCCCAGUUCGUAGUAUUUUACACAAUUUUAGCAAUACAAUGAGUUUUUAAAAUGGUAUUCUAGCUAGCCGUGUCUUUUCUUCUAUCUCA